AUGUCCGAAAACGUCUCGCAAGAGUCCAACAGCAUUGGUCAAAGUUCUCAGGAAUCUCCCAGUGGACAAGAGAAUGGUUCUGGAAAAAAGUUUCAUAUGUGUCAAUCAUGUGGAAAAUUAUGCGAAACGGCAUUCACUCUCAGAGUACACAGACGUAUUCACAUCAAUGAGAAACCCUUCCAAUGUCCGUUUUGUGAUGAAAGAUUCGCCGUAGGUUGUCCGCUUUUGAUUGCAGAACAAUGCAGUGGCACCGAGUACUACGGGAAACUGAUCGGAAAGCUAUCUCAGCUUCAUCACGGUGUCAGCGGCGAAGUUUACGCCGUGGAUGCGAGGACCUUAUUCCUGAAGGACUUUACUUACGAUGGCGAGGGACCAGCUGCGUACUUUUACGUGGGGAACUCCAAGACCGUCGGCCAGAACGGUUACAAAAUCCGGGAUGAGCGUGGAAUGUUGACCAACCUCAAGCGGUACAGGAAGAAGGACAUCACGUUAUCACUGCCCGAAGGCAAGACUUUGAACAAUGCCAAGUGGUUUUCUGUCUACUGUGAUGAGUACGCCGAAAACUUUGGUGACGUGAAGAUACCGCGCAGCUUUGAUUUCCCGAGGCCGCAGAAGCUCACCGCGUUGAGCGGCAUCCACGGCGUCAGUUCGGAGCCCGUCGUCCUCGUCGAUGCUCAAACGCUGCUCAUACCGAGUUUCAGCUACGACGGCGAAGCUCCAGAUGCAAAAUUCUGGGCGGGCAGCGGACCAUCGCCGUCGCCCCAAGGCAUCCGUAUCCCCGAUGAAAACGGAAAAGAAGUGCCGCUCCGGCGUUACGACCGUAAAACCAUUGUGCUGACGCUGCCGGGUGACAUAACCGUUCACCAGCUCGGGCACUUUGGCGUGUGGUGCGAGGCGUUCGCCGUCGAUUUCGGCCACGUUCAGAUUCCGCAGAACGUCAACGUGCCACCGUCCCUCAAAAUGCUCGGGGUGUCACCACAGUCGAAGCUGAACUGCGAAGUCCUGGACGAGAAUCUGACUUUCGAGGUUCGAUGGGCCGUCGCUGGGGACAGUAUAGUCGUGCAGCUCGUUGGAAAACUCGACAAUGGCCAAUACAUGUCGUUCGGCUUGUCAGCGGACCCGCAGAAGAGUGUCAUGGUCGGGGGUGACGUGGUCGUCGCCUGGGUUGACAAGCAGACGUUGCAGGGGUAUGCGGUCGAUUACUUCCUGGAAUCCAAGUCUCAGUGCUCAGGUGGACGAGGCAGUUGUCCAGACCUUAGGAUCCAGGACAACUCGAGCUCGGUACGUCUAUUAAACGCGGCAAUGGUGAACAGCUACAGCAUCGUGACGUACCAGCGACCGUUGAAGGCCGAAGAUGGAUUGGACCUUCCAAUAACGACAAACAGUUCGCAGGCGAUAAUCUGGGCCAUCGGACCCCUGAACGACAAAAACGAGGUCAGCUUCCACACGAGCUUCUACCUGAAGGGCGAUCGAUCGAUCGACUUUGGCCGCCCACCGGCCUGGAACUGCCCCACGACCGAAGAAUUCAAUCGACAUCAGCAAGAACAAGAACCCAAAAGCAACAGAAGGAAAACCAAGCGCAACAACAACAGUACCAGGAACACCAGCAGCGGCAGCAGUACCAUGAGCAGCAGCAACAAGCUCCCCCGUUGCAACAUCGCCAGCAGGGCGAUGGACAUCGCCAUUGAAAUAACAACAAGGAGGCCUUCGAGGAUUCCGGCCACCCCAGCGCCAGCACCUCAGGAUGACGCUUGGGAAAUUCCACCCAUUCAAUGCUACGAGCCCGAAGAUGGUGUCUUUUAUGCCCAAAUGGGACCAACCGGUGGCUCACAUGGAUAUCCUGCAAUAACUGGUCACGUAGGCUGGGGAAUUUCCUGGUACAUCAACGGCCUCCUCAUACCGGAAAUUCAUGUGGUACGAGGCAAAACCUACACUUUUGUCGUCGAGGGCGGAGACAAUUCUGAAAUACCCGCUCGUUAUCAUCCCUUCUACAUCACGAAUGAUCCCGUUGGUGGCUACCAGCACAAGACGCCCGAAGAGCGAGCGAACAUAACGAUCUUCGCUGGAGUUCGUCGUCAACGAGGUGUAGUCCGACCUACCGGAGUUGGCCGCCUAUGUAAUUGGAAACCAGAUCAAAAUGAACCUCUUGCUGAUGAAUUCUCAUCUUUUGGCGCUUAUCAGCGAACUCUGACACUCGAAUGUGACCAAGGAGAGCCAGGAGUCGUCACGUGGGUGCCCGAUGAAAAGACACCUGAUACCGUCUAUUACCAGUGUUUCACUCAUCGCUACUUGGGUUGGAAAAUACACGUGCACGACACGUGUGACACACCGAAGCCAGAAGCUAGCGAGCUACACGAGGUUUUAGUGGCGCCUGAUCAGCAACAGCAGCAAACUGGUGAUCUCGAAGGCGAAGCCAGCAUUAUUGCUAGCCCGAGCAAGGUAACGCCCUCGCCUGAGUUCUUCCAGCAACACCAGGAGUACGCCUCUCGGGACUUGGAGUACCUGAGAAAUAGACAAGCCCAUCAUCACCCGCAGCUUCUCCAUCAUCAUGCCAAAUCGGCGAUUAACAACAAGCUUAUAACAGGUCCUUAUCUUCGCGAACAUCAUCUGCUUCCCAAGCAUCAUCACCAUUACACUCACAACAAUUAUCGCUUUCCUCCGCAAUUAACUCAUCUUAUGCCUGUGUAUGCCCUGCAAAAAGUAACCGACCGUGCUGAAGAUCACCAUCAUCGACGUUUUCCCGCUAAACAACUCGCCCGUGAGACUUACGUCAACUAUUUCAUUCAAAGCGAUAACAACAAUAACAAACAUUCCUACAAUCAACCACCCUUAGAUCGCCAUCAACAUUAUAACCACCAUCAUGGGCCAGGAUCCUUGUCUCAGGGUGUCCAGGAACCCGUUAAUAACAUCGCUGAGAUCAAAACCUUCAAUACAACCAUGCUCGAUCCCGACUCACAAAAUUCUCAAAUUAUUCCAGAUCGUCAAGUAGCGAGACAACCACCGGCCUUUCUGAUAAACCGGGCGGUGAACCCGCCGAUGCACGUUCCCUAUUCCGUACCCACCAUGCAUCUGCCCACUGCUACUUCAAUCGAGAAUGUUGUCUACGUCAAAGAGCCAAUGAGUAACGGGAGAAAUCAGCCGGUCCACGAACCUUUACCACCACCUCAGAUAAUGAUAGUUCAAAGAAGACCCCAGGUUCCAGCUGGACCAUAUUAUCAGAUGGCACCUAAACGACACCCUUCUAUUAUUCCCUUGCUGGGAGCUGCGUAUAAUCCUCAGCAGGUGCCGGUUGCUUCUGUUAUGUCGGCUCCCAAACAACCGGUUUUAUACGAAAGAAAGAAAGAAGUUCACAAGAGACCGAUGCUGUCGAGAAUGCAAAUCGUCAGCAAACCUAGUAACCCUCAGCGUAAUCAUCAACCAACAAAACUCAUGAAGAUAGAAGUAAAGCAGCAACCAAUAGCUAAAGUUGAAGUUAAAAACACCCAGAUAGAGGAGUCGUCAGCUUUGUUGAAGUCGAUGCUUUUGAAACCGGCAAGAAAUACAGGUUUCGAUCCAAAAACCAUUGUAAUUGAAAAAGGAUUUAAGCCCAUUAUAAUGAAGAAGAACGUUGAUAACGAAAACACUACCAAUUCGGAGAGAAGUUCCGAGAUGCAACAAGACGAAGCUGCCAAAAAGAUCACCUCUGAAAGGUACAACGAGAAUUUGGAACCAGUUUUCAUUCCAUCUCCGCCUGAUAGACAUGGAAUCAAGAAACAAUAUAAAAAGAAAACACAACUUAGUAGGAUGAAAUCGAAAUUGGAUUUUGUAGAUGACAUGGAGAUGGCUGCUGACAACAGAGAAAAACAGGACUACGUCCAUUUACAUUUUCCGGUUCUAACUAUUGCUUCAAGCACUAACAAAAGGAGUCCAAAGUCAAGUUCUUUAUUUGACUUAGUAACCGAAAGUUCAAAUUCAUCUGCAGAGCUUCAGCGACCGGAAAGAGCGAGUUCGAAUAACUCAUCGAGUAAUACAGAACUUUUGAGACAUGCGCCCAUGAAGAGAGUUAGAAGAAACUCGCAAAAACAAAGCAAAGGUGAAUCUUGGGAUAUAACGCGUUAUCGCGAUGAGGGUGCUGAUGGUCACCAACACGAUUACGGCAGCAGACAUGACCACGAUAAUCACAGUCACAAAGAGCAUGACCACUUGAACAAAAACGACCGUAUGAAAGAGUCCGAAAGCUUGCAACAGUCGAGCACAGGAGAGAUCAUCAUGGCGAAUAUCCAAUACAUACUUUUAACCAUUGUUUUCUACUACAUCCUCUGAGGAAUAUUUAAAUCACGAUAUUUUGUUUUCUUAACAUUAAACCUUUCUUACCCCAGGAUUCAAGGCAAAGGAAACAAAAAAUCGUGAUUUUUUCAUGGAAUUCGUUGGAAUAUAAGUAUAGUAGUCAUAUACAUACUAUUUGUUACGACUGAAUCGCUGGA